GGGGGAGGAGGGGGGGAGGGUAGAGGUGCAUGAAUGACUACACAGGACCCGAGUACGAGGCUCCAGUCACCCGCUGGCCGUCGUUGGGGACGCCACUAUAUCAUCUGCUCGUGCCCCGGUGUGUCUCAGAAGACGAUGACGAAGGCGCUGGAGGUGUGUUGGGCUGUUGCUCUGGUUGGGAGUCUCUCCUUCGCUCUUUCUGCUGCUACGGACUUCUUCGCGUUACCAUCGCCCUGGGGGUACAGGUGCGAUGCUGGGCAGUGUAUUAAAGAAGAUAACUCAGGUCUUGAGGGUUUGGUGACCCUCAAUACUUGUAAGCUGACCUGUGGUGCCUACGGCGUCCUCUGGCCUCGGCCUACCACAGCUGUCCUGGGAAGCAGUGUGGUAGAAUUCCUCCCUUCUAACGUCACCCACACCACCGCCUGCGCCGGGGAAGUUUGCGCUUUGCUAGAGACGGCGAUCGGAAUUUUCAAGGAUAAUUUACAGCGGUAUCAUCCGGAUUAUGUCGAUGGUUCUGCUCCCUGGGAUGGUCCCUGGGACCCGGUCACGCUGGCCCACACUCUCCAAAUUGAUGUGGUGGUGUCUGGUGAAGAGACACGGGUCACUCUGGACACCGACGAGUCCUACGACUUGUCAGUACAGACUUCGGGAGAUAUCACUAAGGCAUCAAUUGUCGCACCUACGUACUUCGGUGCCCGCCACGCACUCGAGACCUUGUCGCAGCUGGUGGACUUCCAGGAGAACCGAGAUUCUCUUAUGAUCGUCACCACUGCUUCAAUCACCGACGCACCAGUCUUCAAAUACCGUGGAAUUAUUCUUGACACUUCCCGUAACUACAUAAGUGUGGAGUCCAUUCGACGGACUCUUGAUACCAUGGCGGCCAACAAGCUAAACACUUUCCACUGGCACAUCACUGACACCCAUUCCUUCCCUCUGUACCUUGAGACCUUACCCAACAUGGCCUACUACGGCGCCUACUCGUCCCGUGAGGUGUACUAUCCGGCGGAUGUUCGCUACCUGGUGGAAUACGGCCGGGUGCGGGGCGUGAGAGUCCUUCCCGAGUUCGAUGCCCCAGCACAUGUGGGCAACGGGUGGCAGUGGGCAGAAAAGGAAGCAAAUUUGGGAAAGCUGGCUGUUUGCGUCAACAAGGAGCCGUGGCAGUCUUUCUGUGUAGAGCCACCAUGCGGGCAGCUGAACCUGGCCAACCCCAACAUGUACAAGGUCCUAGGCCAGCUCUACGACGAGAUGGUUCAGCUCUUCAGCCCCAUCGAUCUCUUCCACUUCGGCGGCGAUGAGGUGAACCUCAACUGCUGGAACACAACGGAGGAAAUAGUAACUUGGAUGAACAGCAACAAUUUUGGGUUAGAAAGCGACUCUUACUACCAGCAGUGGGCAAUCUUCCAAGAAAAGUCACGCCAGCUCCUGACCUCCGCUAACGGUGGCAAGGAGGUCCCUGGGAUCCUAUGGACAUCACACUUGACGGAGGCGGGGCGCGUCGACCGCUUUCUCAACAAUUCUCAGUAUAUCAUUCAAAUCUGGUCCACUGGGGACGACCCAGUUAUUGGAGAACUUCUGAAUAAGAAUUUCCGUGUGAUAUUUAGCAACUACGACGCGUGGUACUUGGACUGUGGCAUGGGGGCAUGGGUAGGCGAUGGUAACAAUUGGUGCAGCCCCUACAAGGGCUGGCAGAAGGUAUACGAAAACAGCCCUUACGAUUUAGCCAUCAGCCAGACCGGUUCUUCACACCCAGACCUCAUACUUGGAGGAGAGGCAGCUCUGUGGACUGAACAAGCCGACGACACUGCAGUGGAUUCUAAGCUGUGGCCGCGCGGGUCAGCUCUGGCGGAGCGGCUGUGGACCAACCCCGACAGCACCUGGCAAGCCGCUGAAGCCCGACUCAUCCACCACCGACAACGGCUUGUCAAGAGGGGCGUCAUGGCGGAGAGAAUCCAACCCCAAUGGUGUCACCAGAACGAAGGCUUCUGUUACCUUUAAACUGUCAUUCGUGGUAUCAGCAGAACAGAGGCAUCUGUUACCGGUAAGUUGUCAACGGUAAUGUCACCAAAACGAAGGCGUCUGGCACCUUUGAGCUGUCAUAAACUGGCAUCAGGUGAACCGAGGCCUCUGUUACCUGUAAGCCGUGAACGGUGAUAUCACAAGAACGAAAGCAUCUGGUACCUUUAAGCUGUCAAAAGUGAUGUCAUAAAAAGCCUCUGUAAGCUGUUAAUUAAUAGAGACCAUGCCAGAUCAAAGACCUCUUUUAAAUGGCAACUUGUAAAAUGGUGAUAUUAGAAAGAUCGGUUCAGUGUGAUGAACUUUAGAACAACAGAAGGAAGUUCUCCCGUUUCUGUGGGCAACCACCAGUGACGUCGCAAGGUGCUGAUACAACAUUAUUCCUGUUUAGAAGUGCCAGUUAAUUCCCACAUAUUCUACUACAUAGAAUGCAGUAUUCUACUACAUGCAUCUAUUACUGUAAAUCAUUCGCUGUUAUUCCCACAUAUAGCCACAUAAAUUGUCAGGAUUAUAAGUAUUCCAAUGAAAACUGUUAUAUAUAUACUUUUAAUUGUCUAAUGUGAGUUAAUUAGAUAACAUUUGUAGCCUCGUGGAGCAUCUGUAGCCUGUUCGCGCAUUUUUGUAACUAAUAGAGUUUCAUACUUUUUGUAACAAAUAGAGUGCUAUAAAUUUCUUGAACAAGUUGAAUUUCAUAGUUUCUGUUAAAUACAGAAUUUCACACUUCUGUAACAAGCAGAAUUUUAUACUUUUUGUGACAAGUAAAGUUUCUUGCUUUCUGUUACAAUUUGAGUUUCAUAAUUUAUGUUACAGGUAGAAUUUCAUCCAUUUUGUAACAACAUGUGAAAUGUAAUAUCCUACUUUCUAACAGGUAGUUUCCUGUUUUCUGCAACAAGUAGUUUCCUACUUUCUAUAACAAGUAGUUUCCUACUUUCUAUAACAAGUACUUUCCUACUUUCUACAAUAGUUUCCUACGUUAUAACACUAGAUUAUACUAACCCUUGAUGAAACUGAACUAUCCGAGUAACACUUCCUAUUGGUUGCACUUGGUAAUACUUUGUAACACUAGUUAAACUAUACACUUGAUCAUUAAACGAUUGUAACACUGGAUUUAAUGUAAUACGAACUGACAUGUGGUGUACCACUGAUGGUUGCACUCAGAACAUAUGGUACCUUUCCAUGAAAAUGCUACACAGAGAUAAAACUUAUUAACUGAACGCUGCCACCAUUCUGCCAUAGAAUUAAUUUAUGUCAGGCAAUGAGACAGGAAGCCUUGCUUGGCUUGAGAGUUCUACUCUAGAUGUUCUUACUUACUGACCGGUUGUUAACAAUCUGAAUACAGAGGAUUGGGAGGCUCAGAUAUUGACACACACAGAUGGAAAAUUUAACACGAGUUUAUUAGGACACAAUUAUGAUAUUCACCGAACUCUAAGUCCCUAUCUUAACACUGGCACUUGUUCAUGCAUCCUACAUGGACCAAAAUCAAAGAUCCACACAUAUUAUGCCUGGAUCUUUGCUCGCUGACCCGGGAGACUUCACUGCCUCUCCCUGUGCAGCGUGAUGACCAGGGAUGUGCACUCCGAUGUCCCGCCCCCAGCGCUUUUUGACUCUUAGAUUGAUUGAUUGAUAAAGAUUAAGCCACCCAAGAGGUGGCACGGGCAUGAAUAGCCCGUAUUGUUUUUUUUUUACUCUUAACUGCCCUACGGCAUAUAUAUACACGCUCUUGCCACGCCCCACUUCAGAGGGGGGGGGGGGGUUGCAAAUCUUGUGAGAACGUUUGGGGUGAUCUUGUUCCCAGCUGAUUUAGCCUAACCAGGAAUUUUAAAUUAAAAGUGUUUUGCACACCUAACCUAUUACUCAGCACUAGAAGGACUGUAAGAUGAUCUGAGGUCACUUGGGCUGACCUCCAAGGAAGUGUCCCGUGGGUGAAUCAUGGAGGUACGUUCUCUGGGUGUUGUAAGUUACAACGUCUGCAAAAAAUAGUUUUCUAUUUUCUAUAACAAGUAGAGUUGUUUACACUACAUAACAAAUAGAGCUUCAUUCUUCUAUAAGUAGAGUCUAUUAAUUUCGGUAAUAACUUGUUUCACACUUUGUGUAACAUGUAAAGUUUCAUACUUUUUGUAACAAGUCAAAUUUUAUACUGCUGUAACAAGUAGAGUUUCGUACUUUUGUAACAAGUAGUUCAUACUUCUUUAACAGGAGUUAUACUUCCUCAAGAAUUUAUGUGCUGGGUAUGUUAAUCAUCUUUUAUAUUGUUCUGUGUGACAUAAUUUUUGAAAACUAGUAUAUAUGGAGGUGUUUUGGAUUUGAACUGAAGGGUGUGAAAUGUAGUUUUGCCUUCCAUAUGAUACAUGCUGUGAUAUAUAUUAUAUACAUAUCUAUCUAUAUAUACUUGUUGACAAGGACAACAUAACACUUCUCUUAGCAUCAGGCCUUAAUAAAACUGUAAAAUAAA